AUGGCCCUGGCAGAAGGCUUCCUCCUGAGCCAGGCAGAGGACAAGAAUAAGGACCAGCAGGUGCAGGAGAGCAUGGCACAGGAGCGUUACCACGGAGCAAUCUUUCCAGGUGAUGCCAUCAAACCUAUGAUGGAGAAUCAUGAUGGAGAAAAAGCGGCUUCUGUGCAGCCAGAUCGGAAGGACUUCUGCUUCUCCAACCUGAUUCCAUAUCCCCAGUGGACGAGGCAGGAGAUCCACUUGUCCAAGACGCAGAAGAACCAGAGGGAUCAGCAGCGUAUCCACACUGGGGAGAAACCUUAUAAAUGCUUGCAGUGUGGAAAGGGCUUUGCUUCGAGUUCAGACCUUACUGUCCAUCAGCGUAUCCACACUGGGGAGAAACCUUAUAAAUGUUUGCAGUGUGGAAAGAGCUUUGCUCAACGUUCAAACCUUACUAUCCAUCAGCGUAUCCACACUGGGGAGAAACCUUAUAAAUGCUUGCAGUGUGGAAAGAGUUUUGCUUAUAAUUCCAUAUUAAUAAUCCAUCAGCGUAUCCACUCUGGGGAGAAACCUUAUAAAUGCUUGGAGUGUGGAAAAGCCUUUGCCUCGAAUUCAGAGCUUAUUGUCCAUCAGCGUGUCCACACUGGGGAGAAACCUUAUAAAUGCUUGCAGUGUGGCAAGAGCUUUGGUCGCAGUUCACAGCUUACUAUCCAUCAGCGUAUCCACACUGGGGAGGAACCUUAUAAAUGCUUGCAUUGUGGAAAGAGCUUUGCUCAGAGUUCAUGUCUUACUAUCCAUCAGCGUAUCCACACUGGGGAGAAACCUUAUAAAUGCUUGCAGUGUGGAAAGGACUUUGCUCAGAGUUCUGAUCUUAUUGUCCAUCAGCGUUUCCACACUGGGGAAAAACCUUAUAAAUGCUUGCAGUGUGGAAAGGGCUUUGCUUCGAGUUCAAGACUUGUUGUCCAUCAACGUAUCCACACUGGGGAGAAACCUUAUAAAUGCUUGCAGUGUGGAAAGGGCUUUGCUUCGAGUUCAGGUCUUAUUGUCCAUCAACGUUUCCACACUGGGGAGAAACCUUAUAAAUGCUUGCAGUGUGGAAAGGGCUUUGCUCAGAGUUGUGAUCUUAUUGUCCAUCAGCGUAUCCACACUGGGGAGAAACCUUAUAAAUGCUUGCAGUGUGGAAAGGGCUUUACUCGGAGUUCACACCUUACUCUCCAUCAGCGUAUCCACACUGGGGAGAAACCUUAUAAAUGCUUGCAGUGUGCAAAGGGCUUUACUUCGAGUUCAAGUCUUAUUGUCCAUCAACGUAUCCACACUGGGGAGAAACCUUAUAAAUGCUUGCAGUGUGGAAAGGGCUUUGCUUCGAGUUCAAAACUUACUCUCCAUCAGCGUAUCCACACUGGGGAGAAACCUUAUAAAUGCUUGCAGUGCGGAAAGGGCUUUGCUUCGAGUUCACACCUUACUCUCCAUCAGCGUAUCCACUCUGGGGAGAAACCUUAUAAAUGUUUGCAGUGUGGAAAGGGCUUUGCUUCGAAUUCAAAUCUUACUGUCCAUCAGCGUAUCCAUACUGGGGAGAAACCUUAUAAAUGCUUGCCAUGUGGAAAGGGCUUUGCUUCGAGUUCAGAACUUACUGUCCAUCACCGUAUACACACUGGGAAGAAACCUUAUAAAUGCUUGCAGUGUGGAGAGGGCUUUGCUUCGAGUUCAAACCUUACUCUCCAUCAGCGUAUCCACUCUGGGGAGAAACCUUAUAUAUGCCUGCACAGUGCAAGUAUCGCGCCCCGACUGAAGCGGCCUGGGGGUCUGGAAUUGGCUCCUCCCCGGACAUCUUAA